UCAGACAAACAGGAUGCAUGUGGACCUGCUGUGGCUAACAGCUACACUUCUCUCCUUCCCCCUGCUUACACUAUGUGACCCGCUCUUCAUCAUGUCUGCCCCAAACCUGCUGAGAGUGGGUGGCCAGGAGAAAGUGUUUGUGGAGGCACAGGAUUAUACUGGAGGAGACCUACUUGUGAAGAUCACAGUGAAGGACUACCCACGGAAAACACUGGACCUAAUAUCCAAAUCAGUGGUCCUCAAAUCUUCUGAACACUACCAGGGUCUUGUGGACAUUAAGAUCCCUCAUAACAGGGACUACUUCAGCGAUGACCCCCUGGAGAAGCAGUAUGUGUACCUACAUGCACAGUUUCCCUCGUGUCUGCUGGAGAAGGUGGUCAUGGUUUCCUUCCAGUCAGGCUACAUAUUCAUUCAGACAGACAAGUCCAUCUACACACCCAGCAGCACAGUUCAAUACAGGAUCUUCUCAGUGACUCCUGAUCUGCAGCCUCUGGACCAGAGUGGAAUCUCAGUUGAAAUCAUAAAUCAUCAAGGAAUUACAAUUCAUAGGGAUACAAUCUUCGCUAAGCAAGGGACUCUGACUGGAAAAUACAGUAUCCCUGACAUUGCCAGUUCUGGAAUAUGGUCUGUGGCAGCACGGUUCAAAAACACCCCACAAAAGAACUUCACUGCUGAAUUUGAAGUUAAAGAAUAUGUGCUGCCGACCUUUGAGGUCACCUUAACCCCAUCCAGGUCUUUCUUCUAUGUUGAUGAUAACGAUCUUAAUGUGGACAUAAGUGCCAAGUACUUGUUUGGAAAGAAAGUGGAUGGAAGUGCGUUUGUGGUGUUUGGCGUGAUACAAGGUGACAGCAAGACAAGUCUGCCAGCUUCUUUAAGUAGAGUACAGAUCACUAAUGGAGAGGGUGAUGCAACGCUGACAAAAGCGAUGAUCCAGAAAACUUUCCCAGAUUUUCACAAACUAGUUGGAAGCUCUAUAUACAUAUCUGUCAGUGUUUUAACAGAUACCGGUAGUGAAAUGGUGGAAGCACAGAGGAGAGGCAUUCAGAUUGUGACAUCACCCUACACCAUCCACUUCAAAAGAACCCCAAAAUUCUUUAAACCUGGAAUGUCUUUUGAUGUUACGGUUUAUGUGACAAAUCCUGAUCAGACACCUGCUGAAAAUGUGGACGUGGAAAUCCAUCCUGGACCGGUACUGGGUGACACCAAAGCCAACGGCAUGGAAAAGUUCACAGUCAAUACUCAGGGAGGAGCCAAGAAUCUACCAAUCACUGUAAAAACCAAAGACCCACGCUUAUCUGAUGGCAGACAGGCUAUAAACCAGAUGACUGCUCUACCCUACACUAGCAAAGGAGGAUCCAGUAAUUACCUUCACAUUGGCAUAGCUACUUCAGAACUGGUGAUUGGUGAUCAGAUGAAAGUCAAUCUGAAUUUUGGCAAGAGCCCAGGUGUCCAAAAUCAAGAUUUCACUUACUUGAUCCUCAGUAAAGGUCAGAUUGUGCAAGCAAAUAGGUUUAAGAGACAAGGGCAGUCUCUUGUGACUCUGUCAAUGCCUGUCACCAAGGACAUGGUGCCCUCAUUUCGGGUGGUGGCGUAUUACCAUGUGGGAUCAUCUGAGGUGGUGUCCGACUCAGUCUGGGUUGACGUGAAGGACACUUGCAUGGGAAAGUUGGAAUUGAGUGCACAAGACCCCAAGAGUGCCUAUGAGCCUGGAGAUGAGUUUGUUCUCACGAUCACUGGGGACCCAGGUGCCAAGGUUGGGCUGGUAGCUGUGGAUAAAGGAGUGUUUGUUCUAAACAAGAACAAACUCACACAGACCAAGAUCUGGGACAUCAUUGAGAAGCACGACACAGGUUGCACAGCUGGCAGUGGUAAAGACAGUAUGGGAGUUUUCUAUGAUGCAGGUCUGCUGUUUGAGUCCGACAAAGCAGGAGGGACCGAUUCCAGAACAACAUCUGAUUGUCCCGCUCCACUAAAGAGAAAAAGAAGAGCUGAGAGUCUACUACAAAUAACUACCACACUUACUGGGAACUACAGUGGUGAGCUAAAGAAAUGUUGUGCCGAUGGUCUUAAGUUAAACAAGCUGGGCUACACAUGUGAACGGAGGGCUACGUUCAUCACAGAAGGUGCAAAGUGUGUCCAGGCUUUCCUGCACUGCUGCAAGGAGAUGCUGAUUCGUAGACAGGAAGAGGGGGAGGAUGAGAUGUACCUGGCUCGCAGUGAGGAAGAUGAUGGUGCUUACAUAAGCUCUGAUGAAAUUGUGUCACGUACUCAGUUCCCUGAGAGCUGGCUAUGGGAGGACCCGGAGCUGCCACCCUGCCAAGGAAACCAGCCAUGUGCAACAACAACUCUCACCAUGAGAAAAAACUAUAUGAAAGACUCCAUUACUACCUGGCAGGUGUUAGCCAUUAGUCUGUCUAAGACCCAUGGAAUUUGCGUAGCUGAUCCCUAUGAAAUGGUAGUUGUGAAGGAUUUCUUUGUGGACCUGAAGUUGCCUUACUCAGCAGUGCGCAAUGAGCAAUUAGAAAUCAAGGCCAUUGUGCACAACUUUUCAAAUAGGAAGCUUAAGGUACGAUUGGAGUUCUUAGAGACAGAGCACAUCUGUAGUACAGCCAGCAAGAAGGGCAAGUUCCGUACAGUAGUUCACAUUGACGGCAAGUCCACCAGGUCUGUUCCGUACAUAAUCAUUCCCAUGGAACUCGGGGAACACUCCAUCGAGGUGAAGGCCUCAGCUUAUGACACAACUCUUUCUGAUGGAGUGAGAAAGACCCUGAAGGUGGUGUCUGAAGGAGUUAAAACUGAAAUCCUGGAGAGUAACGAGGUGCUCAGCCCCUCUAAAUUCUCUGAUGGAGUGCAAGUUGUGCAUGUGAAAACUGAAAUACCAGAUGACCAGAUUCCAAACACUCCUGCUCACACAUACAUCACUGUGUCUGGUCAAGAGGUCAGUCAGACUAUCGAGCAGGCCAUCAGUGGCAAGUUCAUGGGUCGCCUUAUUGUGCAGCCCCACGGCUGUGGUGAGCAGAACAUGAUCUUUAUGACCCUGCCCCUCAUCGCCACGCACUACCUAGACAGCACAAAGCAGUGGGAGGGAGUUGGCAUGAACCGGCGUAGCGACGCCAUCAAACACAUCCAGACAGGUUACGAAAAAGAGUUGACUUUCCGUAAACAGGACGGCUCAUAUGGUGCUUGGAUCAACACACCCAGCAGCACAUGGCUGACUGCAUAUGUAGGCAAAGUCUUUGCACUGGCCAGUGAUCUCGUUGCCAUCCAGGAAAACGUUCUCUGCAGCGCUCUCAAGUGGCUCAUUCUGAACACGCAAAUGCCAGAUGGCAUGUUUAAAGAGGGCGCGCCUGUGUAUCACGGAGAGAUGGUCGGUGAUGUGCGAGGGAAGGAUUCUGAUGCAUCAUUGACAGCAUUUGUUGUCAUUGCCUUGCAAGAGGGCCACAAACUCUGUGCCAAAGCAGUCACUAGUCUUCCAGAAAGCAUGAAGAAGGCCAUCGAGUAUCUGGAACAUAGAAUUCCCACUUUAACCAAUCCAUAUGCUAUUGCCAUGACUUCCUACGCCAUGGCCAAUGCUGACAAAUUCAACAAAGACCUCCUAAUGAAGUCUUCUGCUGAAGAUGGUUCUUACUGGCAAGUUCCUAGAGGGCUCCACUUCUCCCUAGAGGCCACGGGCUACGCCCUGCUGGCUCUGGUGAAGGCAAAGGAGUUUGACGCAGCAGGGAAAGCAGUGCACUGGCUCAAUAAGCAAAGCAGCCCGUAUGGGGGUCACGGCACCACUCAGGCAACCAUCAUAGUGUUCCAAGCUGUAGCUGAGUACUAUAAAGAAGUGAAGAAAAUUCAGAAUAUGGAUUUAGAUGUGGAGGUGUCUGUGUCUGGACGGAGUAGAUCCAAUAGAUGGAUUUUCAAAAGAGAGUCUUCACACCUCACACGUUCAGAUAAGGUUCAACUUAAGCAAAACUUUACUGUCACUGCAAAGGGAACUGGUGUAGGAUCUCUCCAAGUUUUGACCUUAUACUACGCUAGGCCCAUUGAGAAGCAGAGUGACUGCAAAAAGUUUGAGUUAACUGUUAAGCUGGAAAAGCAAAAUGACGUAACAUAUGCAGGAGCCAAAGAAAGCUAUUUGCUCACCAUUGAAACCUUCUACAGGGAUCCAAACAGAGAUGCCACCAUGUCUAUUUUGGAUGUUGGCUUGCUGACAGGCUUUGUGGUAGAUGAACACGAUCUGACAGAUCUAACAACUGGAAAAGAUCGAUAUAUUUCGAAGUUUGAGAUGGAUAAACAGCUUUCGGAACGAGGUUCCCUCAUCAUAUAUGUAGAUAAGAUAUCUCAUGGACUGGUAGACAAGUUUGCUUUCAAAGUGCACAAGGUCACAGAGGUGGCAAUGCUUCAACCUGCUGCUGUUAGUGUGUAUGAGUAUUACUCUCCAGGGGACCAGUGUGUAAAGUUCUACCAUCCUGUAAAGAAAGGUGGUGCUCUAAGCAGACUGUGCAAUGACCAGGAAGGCCUCUGCCAGUGUGCUGAAGAAAACUGCAGUGUCCAGAAGAAAGAUAAAAUUAUUGAUGAUGAUCGGGACAAAAAAGCAUGUGAAGCUGGCAUGGACUACGUUUACAAAGUCAAAGUGGAAAGUAUGAAUCUCACCCCACAAACACACUACUACAAGAUGAAGAUUGAAGAGGUCCUGAAAGAAGGAACUGAUGCAGGUGUGGAAGGACAGCUGCGAACCUUCAUGGGUCAUGCCAACUGCCAAGAAUCAUAUGGAUUUGAGGAGGGCAAGACCUACCUCAUCAUGGGCCGAAGUGUUGAUUUACCCAGGGUUGAAGGAAGACUGCAGUACAUCCUGGGCGAGCAGACUUGGAUUGAAUACUGGCCCACGAGUGAGGAAGGACAAACUACAAAAUACAGAGAUAGAUACACUGGCAUCAUUGGGCUUUCUCAGACUCUUUCUGACUUUGGAUGCACUACAUAAACAUGUUUGAUUAAAAGCAAUUAAUAAAUUCCACCAUUUUUCUAUUGAAUAGUCAAAAUAAAUGAAGUACAUCUUUGCUUUUCUUAUUUCCGUAACUCCAGAUUUGUCACCAUUUACUCAAUAAACCCAUAUCACAUUUACUCCAAAUAAUACAUAUUUCUGUCUUGCCUGAUGUAAAGCAUUCAAGAGAAACAUUAAAUAAAUUUACAGAAAAUGUU